AUGGUUAAUAGUCUUUGGUUUAAGUGGAAGAGCCUUCGGCUACCCUGGCGGAAAUCCUACUUGGUCGGCCAGGACCUUGCCGGGAACACAUUUUGGGAAUUCAAAGAUCAAUUGAACGCCGGUCGAUAUCGACGUAUCGUCAAGUUCGAUCCGAAGACACACUACGGAGAUGUCCAGGUUACUCCACAAUGGCACCAGUGGCUUCGAUACGUCCGUCCGAAUGCGCCAACCAUCGAAGAACAGCGACAAGAUCUGGUUCGACAGGCGCAAAUGAAAGAACUCGCUCGAUUAGCCGACGAACGCUGGGCCAGUAAACCCUCAUUCCUCGACAAACCGACGACACAACAGCAGACUCCUGGUAUUGCGCCAGGUUCUACUACUGCUGCUGCUAAUAUCACCUCUGAACCAACCACCACUACAGCAGAUGCUCCUUCGUCCCCUGCCUCGGCACCAGAGCCCGAGCCUACCAGCCCACCCCCAAAGACUCAAAAGGAAAAAAACCCAUGGGCAAAGGCAGAUAAAAAGGGCCCUGGUGAAUCCUGGCAGCCCGAGGCCUGGUCUCCUUCCUCGCAGCGAUGA